GCUCGCGAGAGUCGCGAACAAUCAGGAAGUUAUUUAAAGUUUGUGUUUCACCUCAGUGCACCAUCUCCACUUAAAUGUCAGUGAAGUACAGUAUCAUAAUAACAUCCACACCUCCGCCUCGUCCUCCACCGCCAGCGGGUCAGCACCCAACAUGUUUGAAUCGCUGCAGAGAUGUUGUGUUUGUGUUCUGAUCAUCUACACUCUGACACCUGCGGUCGUGGAAACUAAAGCGAAAAAUGUACUGUUUAUCAUGGCAGACGACCUCAGGACCACCCUGGGCUGCUAUGGGGACCCCUUGGUCAAAACCCCCAACAUCGACCAGCUGGCUUCCAAAAGCCAAGUCUUUUUGAACGCGUUCGCCCAGCAAGCGGUGUGUGGCCCAAGUCGUACGUCCAUGUUGACGAGCCGCAGACCGGACACCACCCGACUCUACGACUUCUACUCUUACUGGAGGGUCGCCGCUGGCAACUACACCACCCUACCGCAGUAUUUCAAAUCCCAAGGGUACACCACCAUGUCUGUGGGGAAGGUGUUCCAUCCAGGCAUCGCCUCCAACUACACUGACGACUACCCUUACAGCUGGUCAGUGCCUCCGUACCACCCUCCCUCGUUCCGCUAUGAGAAGGAGAAGAUGUGUAAAGGGGCGGGCGGCGGACUCCACGCCAACCUGCUGUGUGCGGUGGACGUGGCGGAGCAACCCGGCGGCACGCUGCCCGACCUGGAGAGCGCCGCGGAGGCCGUGCGGCUGCUGCGGGGCCUGGGGGACGAUAACGGGCCCUUCUUCCUGGCUGUGGGGUUCCACAAGCCCCACAUCCCCUUCAGGAUACCACAGGAGUACCUGAGCCUGUACCCUCUGGACCAGAUGAGCCUGGCCCCUGACCCUGAGGUCCCCAAGGGCCUACCCAGCGUGGCCUACAACCCCUGGAUGGACCUCCGCUUGAGGGAGGACGUGAUGGCCCUCAACACAAGCUUCCCCUACGGGCCCAUCCCCAAAGACUUCCAGCUGCGCAUCCGUCAGCACUACUACGCCGCCGUCUCCUACCUGGACGCCCAGGUGGGCCGGCUGCUCGCCGCGCUGGAUGACUCGGGGCUCGCUGACGACACCAUGGUGGUCUUCUCCUCCGAUCACGGCUGGUCUCUGGGGGAACACGGGGAAUGGGCCAAAUACUCCAACUUUGACGUGGCCACUCAGGUUCCCCUCAUGUUCUACGUCCCCGGCGUCACCUUCUUCCCCGACUGGCUCCAGCCGGGGACCAUCUUCCCUUUCGUCGACGUGUUCGGCCGAUCGGAGCACACGUUUAAGGCGGGGCACGUGGUCAGGAAUGUGGUGGAGCUGGUGGACGUCUUCCCCACCGUCUCCUACAUGGCCGGCCUGGACACUCCAGACCGAUGCCCACUCGUGUCCUUCAAGGAAGAGCUCUGCACCGAAGGGGACAACCUGGCCUACACCUUCGGCCGGCUUGAGAGGGGCAAGAAUGACGAAGACAUCGCCUUCAGCCAGUACCCCAGGCCGGCAGAUGUGCCCCAGGUGAACUCUGACCUGCCGCUCCUCGCGAACAUCAAGGUCAUGGGCUACUCCCUGCGGUCCUGGGACUAUCGGUACACCCUGUGGCUGGGCUUUGACCCCAACACGUUCAAGGCGAACGUGACGGACGUCCACGCCGGGGAGCUGUACAUGCUGGCCGACGACCCCCUGCAGGACCACAACCUGUACCGCCGCUCGGACCACCGGCGCAUGCUGAGGAAGACCAGCGGCCUUCGUCAGUCCCUGAGUCUGCAAAAGAGGAUGAGGUUGCAGCUCCUCUACCUCACAGCUGGGAUGAAGAAGAGUCAUCUGAAGCCGUGACCGCCUUGAGAUGAAGACUGUGGAACCCAAACCAGGGGAGGAAGAGGAGGAUGCGUGUCACUCUUGGAGGACUUGAGGCUGUACCUGAGUGGAACAAUAUGAGGGACAUUAUACUGUAGUGCCCCAGGUGACCUGGAGGGGAACCACAAUUGCACUUUACCGGGCCGCUGGCGCCGGGAUGUUCCAGGGUUCAAGAGGAAACUGAUGUUCAUUUCAUUGUCAGAGAAAUUAAGCCAUUGGUUCCUUUGUUCAUACAACCUGGACAUGGGUCACACAUCAUUAGCCUUUGUUGACCGUUUCAGCUGCAAAUUGGGGUGAGGGGGAGAGAUUCAGUCAACAUUACAAUUGAAUGUUUUCAUUUCCACUUGUGCAUUGCAACAGAAGGGUUUAGAUCUGUAUUGACACUUCAUAAGCUCUCGUAAUAAUCUAGCUCCGUGUGGGGAUUCUGGAUUCUGUUGCGCUGUUGAAUAUAUUAAUCAUGCUAUUAGCAUUAAAAAUGCUUCUCUUUUUUU